AUGGCAAAUAAAAGAAACGGCAAUGCAGCAGCAGCAGCAGCGACUGUGGCUGUACCCCCAAAUGAGGUGCGUUAUCGGGGGGUCAGAAAUAGGCCAUGGGGCACGUACGGAGCUGAGAUUACAAACCCCGUCAAUAAGAAAGGUGUCUGGCUUGGUACUUUCAAAACGCCGGAAGAAGCUGCAAGGGCGUAUGAUGCAGCAGCGAGGAUGUAUCGCGGCCCUGAAGCCAUAACUAACUUCCCGGCGACAAAUGAGAAUAACCUCAAUGCUAAUGAUGUUGUUGAAAAUGUUAAUGUUAAUAGUAAUCCCAAUCCUGAGGUCUCCGUUACCAAUCAGAAUCACUUUUACAUUUUUAGAAGAAAAAAAGUUACAGGGAUCUUUUCAUGUAUCUCCUGA